GGGAGGCAGCCGGGAAGAGCCCGGAGCGGGGGAAAGCGACCCCACACCAUUUCCAGAGGGAUUGCGGGCAGAGAGAGGACUCCCCGCCGCGAUGUCGCGGCCGCUGUCGGACCAGGAGCGGCGGAAGCAGAUCAGCAUCCGCGGCAUCGUGGGCGCCGAGAGCGUGGCCGAGCUCAAGCGCGGCUUCAACCGGCACCUGCACUUCACCCUGGUCAAGGACCGCAAUGUGGCCACCCCACGCGAUUACUACUUCGCCCUGGCCCACACCGUGCGGGACCACCUGGUGGGGCGCUGGAUCCGCACGCAGCAGUACUACUACGAGAAGGAUCCCAAGAGGAUUUAUUACCUCUCCCUGGAAUUCUACAUGGGGCGGACGCUGCAGAACACGAUGAUUAACCUGGGGCUGCAGAACGCCUGUGAUGAGGCUGUCUACCAGCUCGGGCUGGACAUGGAAGAGCUGGAGGAAAUCGAGGAGGAUGCUGGGCUGGGCAACGGGGGUCUGGGCAGGCUGGCAGCCUGCUUCCUGGACUCCAUGGCCACGCUGGGGCUGGCAGCCUACGGCUACGGCAUCCGCUACGAGUACGGCAUCUUCAACCAGAAGAUCCGGGAUGGCUGGCAGGUGGAAGAGGCUGAUGACUGGCUCAGGCAUGGCAAUCCCUGGGAGAAGGCCCGCCCUGAGUACAUGCUGCCCGUGCACUUCUACGGCCGGGUGGAGCACUCUGCCUCUGGUGCCAAGUGGAUUGACACCCAGGUGGUGCUGGCACUGCCCUACGACACGCCCGUGCCCGGCUACAUGAACAACACGGUCAACACCAUGCGCCUGUGGUCAGCCCGCGCUCCCAACGACUUCAACCUGCGCGACUUCAACGUCGGGGACUACAUCCAGGCCGUGCUGGACAGGAACCUGGCCGAGAACAUCUCCCGGGUGCUCUACCCCAAUGACAACUUCUUCGAAGGAAAGGAGCUGAGGCUGAAGCAGGAGUACUUUGUGGUGGCUGCCACCCUGCAGGACAUCAUCCGCCGCUUCAAAGCGUCCAAAUUCGGGAGCACGGACAGCGUCCGCACCGUGUUUGAUUCCUUCCCAGACCAGGUUGCCAUCCAGCUGAACGACACGCACCCCGCCAUGGCCAUCCCUGAGCUGAUGAGGAUUUUUGUGGACAUUGAGAAGCUGCCGUGGGAUAAGGCCUGGGACAUCACCAAAAGGACCUUUGCCUACACCAACCACACGGUGCUUCCCGAGGCCCUGGAGCGCUGGCCCGUGGACCUGGUGGAGAAGCUGCUCCCCAGGCACCUGCAGAUCAUCUACGAGAUCAACCAGAGACACCUGGAUCACAUCGCGUCCUUGUUCCCCAAUGACGUGGACCGGCUGCGGAGGAUGUCCCUGAUCGAGGAGGGGGACACCAAGAGGAUCAACAUGGCCCAUCUCUGCAUCGUGGGCUCCCACGCCGUCAACGGCGUGGCCAAGAUCCACUCCGAGAUUGUCAAGACUCAAGUGUUCGAGGACUUUGCGGAGCUGGAGCCGGAGAAGUUCCAGAACAAGACCAACGGGAUCACCCCGCGGCGCUGGCUCCUGCUCUGCAACCCGGGGCUGGCAGAGCUCAUCGCGGAGAAAAUCGGGGAGGACUACGUGCGGGACCUGAGCCAGCUGACCAAGCUGCACAAGUUUGUGGACGACGACCUCUUCAUCCGGGAGGUGGCCAAAGUGAAGCAGGAGAACAAGGUGAAGUUCGCGCUGUACCUGGAGAAGGAGUACAAGGUGAAGAUCAACCCUUCCUCCAUGUUUGACGUGCACGUGAAGAGGAUCCACGAGUACAAGCGGCAGCUGAUGAACUGCCUGCACAUCAUCACCAUGUACAACCGAAUCAGGAGGGAUCCUGCAAAGCUCUUUGUGCCCAGGACAGUGAUCAUUGGAGGCAAGGCUGCCCCAGGAUACCACAUGGCUAAAAUGAUCAUCAAGCUCAUUAACGCCGUGGCUCAGGUGGUGAACAACGACCCCGUGGUUGGCAGCAAGCUGAAGGUCAUCUUCCUGGAGAACUACAGGGUGUCCCUGGCAGAAAAAGUGAUCCCUGCGACCGACCUGUCAGAGCAGAUCUCCACAGCGGGCACCGAGGCCUCGGGGACAGGGAACAUGAAGUUCAUGCUGAACGGGGCUCUGACCAUCGGCACCAUGGAUGGAGCCAACGUGGAGAUGGCCGAGGAGGCUGGAGAGGAAAACCUGUUCAUCUUCGGCAUGAGGGUGGAGGAUGUCACGGAGCUGGACAGGAAAGGGUACAAUGCCCAGCUCUACUACGACCGGCUCCCGGAGCUGAAACAGGCUGUGGACCAGAUUAAAAGUGGCUUCUUCUCCCCAAAAGACCCCAACCUCUUCAACGACGUGGUCAACAUGCUCUUCCACCACGACAGGUUUAAAGUCUUUGCAGACUACGAGGCUUAUGUCAAGUGCCAGGAGAAGGUUAGCGAGCUGUACCUGAACUCCAAGGCCUGGACCAAGAUGGUGAUCAGGAACAUCGCGGCGGCUGGAAAGUUCUCCAGCGACCGCACCAUCAAGGAGUACGCCCGGGACAUCUGGCACGUGGAGCCCUCGGACCUGAAGAUCCCCCCACCCAACGAGCCCCGGGACGCGGGGCAGGACAAGACCCCCAAUGGCACCGCGGCCUAGGGGGGAGGCGAGCACACACACGCUGUACAAUUCCCUGCUGUCUGAGUCUCUGUGUUUGCUGCUGCUGCUGCUGCUGGCUUUCCCUAGGGGUGGGCAGGAGGGGAGGGGUUUUUAUAACUCAGGUGUCGUGUGGGAAGCGAAAGCACGUCGCCCUGUUGCUUGCAUUAGGUGCUGGAAAUAAAGAAGUGCCGUUGGAGUCCGGAGGGGGAUGUUUGCUGGAGGCUAAAAUUAGGGCUGGGCUUGCUUCCACCACCUGGGUGCAGCUGGACACAGCUGGCUGGGCCCUCACAGGCACUGCUGAAGCAGGAUAGGGGGGUGCCAGGCCCACCAGUGUGCCCUGGGAUGCUCCCAGUUGUGGCUCUGGUGGCCCAGCCCACAUCAGUGUCUCCAUCCCUCGAGUAACCUGCAGCAUCCUGGAGGCAGAGGGUGACUUUAAAAGUUUCUUAGUAGUUUUUAUUACUUACAGCAGUAAGUUCAGUGCCAUGGAGGGGGGGGUCCUGGAGUGGAUUUGAGGGAGCAUGGGAUCAGUGCAGGCAGCAAUUGGCAUCACUUCAUGUUUAAGAAGUCUCUGCAACAAGAUGUAAUAAAUCUUACACUAUGUCACUGA